CGGAAUUCGUUUUGCUGGCCGGAAGCUGCGGGGCGGGGCCAGACGGAGCCUGGCUCGAUCCGGGACGAGAGUGCGUCCUUGCGGCUGUGCUGCUCCGCCCCUGGUCCCCGCGCGCCUCCAGGGGCUUGUCCCGCAGUGCUGCGAGGGGCCCGGGAGGGUUGGAGCCUGAGCAUGGGGAAGAGCUGCAAGGUGGUCGUGUGCGGCCAGGCAUCUGUGGGCAAAACUUCAAUCCUGGAACAGCUUUUGUAUGGGAACCAUGUAGUGGGUUCUGAGAUGAUUGAGACGCAGGAGGACAUCUACGUGGGCUCCAUUGAGACUGACCGGGGGGUGCGGGAACAGGUGCGUUUCUAUGACACCCGGGGGCUCCGAGAUGGGGCGGAGCUGCCCCGGCACUGCUUCUCCUGCACUGACGGUUACGUCCUGGUCUACAGCACAGACAGCCGAGAGUCCUUUCAGCGUGUGGAACUGCUCAAGAAGGAGAUUGACAAAUCCAAAGAUAAGAAGGAGGUCACCAUCGUGGUCCUCGGUAACAAGUGUGACCUGCAGGAGCAGCGGCGUGUAGACCCAGAUGUGGCUCAGCAUUGGGCCAAGUCAGAGAAGGUGAAGCUCUGGGAGGUGUCGGUGGCUGACCGCCGCUCUCUGCUAGAGCCCUUCAUCUACCUGGCCAGCAAGAUGACCCAGCCUCAGAGCAAGUCUGCCUUCCCCCUCAGCCGCAAGAACAAGGGCAGUGGCUCCUUGGAUGGCUGAAGAGCUGCCACGCCUUCUUCACCUUCCCAGCCCCAUUCCAGCUUCUGGGGCUCUGGUAGAGGCUGGGUGGUAGUGGAAUGGGGUAGGGGAAGCUGUCCUUCCCAGUCAGUGGGGGAACCCGCUCUGGGCCAGGCAGCUGGGCUGUCCUAGGCUCAAGUCACUUUUGCUUCCUUCCAACUCUGGGAAAUGCAAAUAGUCUAGGUUAGUGCCCCAAGCCCACCUCUCCCAGCUAUGUAUCUGCCCUGCUGUGAUCUGGGGCCAUUGUGGGUCAGCAUCCCUUCCCCAUGCCCUGGACAGGAAGCAGAACUGCCAUGCAGAAGUGCCCAGUCUCGAGUCCAGUUCCUAUCACGGGUCCUGUGCCUCUGGGUUUCCUGUCAAUUUCAUACACACACACAGCACCUUCAGAGAAGCCCUGCUGUGAUCUGGGGCCGUUGUGGGUCAGCAUCCCUUUCCCAUGCCCUGGACAGGAAGCAGAACUGCCAUGCAGAAGUGCCCAGUCUCGAGUCCAGUUCCUAUCACGGGUCCUGUGCCUCUAGGUUUCCUGUCAAUCUCAUACACACACACAGCACCUUCAGAGAAAGGGCACCCCGGUGUUGUGCACAUGAGCAAGUGUGCAUGCUGGUGUCUGGUGCCUCAUCCAACACCCUGAUCCUUUCCUUGGCUGGAAGAAGCUAGCCUCCUGUGAAGUGUAAUAUUCUGUGUUAACUCUUCUCCCAAUUAUUUUGCUUCCUCCUCCUCAGGAAGCAUGUGGCCCUCAUUGGUUGAGGUGGAAUGGAAUGAUGGCUGGGCUGGGAGCCACCAGCUAGCUUUGCGACCCUGCAAGGCGUUCCUCCUCUCUGAGCUUCAGUGUUCUCACCUGUAAGGUGACGAAAGUUGCUUAGAUGGUCUUCUAGAUCCUCUCUAGCCUACGAUGUUAUGUCUGUGGCUCCAGACCAGCUGCCCCUGUACCCUGUGCUGCUCCGUCUUCAAGGUGCUAUGCCUACCGGCCCUGGAGGCUGGGACACUGCUCUCCCCUGACCACCAGGGGGCAGGAUUGUACUACCCAUCUAGUCACCAGAGCAGCCACUCAGUACCCAGUGGGACCUCGUGCCUGUGGGGACUGGUCUUCACCCCUUUCUAUGGUUUGCAGCUAGUAGCUGGACUUCUUUUUAUAAAUUCCCUGGGUUUGUGUGCCCGCUGCCAUGGUGAAGGCUGGACAAGGUGCUCCUCUAGCCCUUCUUACCUCAGAUGCCUGACCAACAAGGCAAACCAGGAGCAGCUUCUCAGCUAACAGAUCUGUUGGGGCUCAGAAGGAUGUUUACACUUUAAACAUGUUACAAAGUGAGCUUGUAACCCAUGUUAUCAAGUGAGUUGUAAUCCACAACUUCCUGUGCUUACUUCAUGCUUCUAAUGCGCACACCUAGCAUAGGUGUGCCCUCCUCCCCAAGGUGUGAGAAGUGAGUAGCACCAGGGGCCCAGGGCUGGGCAAGUCGUGGUAGGGCAUUUACAGGCUUGGGCUUAAGAUUCAUUUAUUGAUGCACUGGGUACAAUAAAACCAUAACUUUUAUCAAA